AUGGGCGAGAGGCAUGACACGAGCAAGUGGCAUGACACGGGCGAGAGGCAUGACAUGGGCGAGAGGCAUGACACGAGCAAGAGGCAUGACACGGCCGAGAGUCAUAACACGGGCGAGAGGCAUGACACGAGCGAGAGGCAUGACACGGCCGAGAGGCAUGACACGGCCGAGAAGCAUGAUAUGGACGAGAGGCAUGACACGUCCGAGAGGUAUGACACGGGAGUCGAGGCGCGCGGUAUCUUGUACUUCAGCGGUGGUGAGCACAGCGGUGGUGAGGAACACAGCGGUGGUGAGGAGCACAGCGGUGGUGAGGAGCACAGCGGUGGUGAGGAGCACAGCGGUGGUGAGGAGCACAGCGGUGGCGAGGAGCACAGCGGUGGCGAGGAGCACAGCGGUGGUGAGGAGCACAGCGGUGGUGAGGAGCACAGCGGUGGUGAGGAGCACAGCGGUGGUGAGGAGCACAGCGGUGGCGAGGAGCACAGCGGUGGUGAGGAGCACAGCAGUGGUGAGGAACACAGCAGUGGUGAGGAGCACAGCGGUGGUGAGGAGCACAGCGGUGGUGAGGAACACAGCGGUGGUGAGGAACACAGCGGUGGUGAGGAGCACAGCGGUGGUGAGGAGCACAGCGGUGGUGAGGAGCACAGCGGUGGUGAGGAGCACAGCGGUGGUGAGGAGCACAGCGGUGGUGAGGAGCACAGCGGUGGUGAGGAGCACAGCGGUGGUGAGGAGCACAGCGGUGGUGAGGAGCACAGCGGUGGUGAGGAGCACAGCGGUGAUGAGGAGCACAGCAGUGGUGAGGAGCACAGCGGUGGUGAGGAGCACAGCGGUGGUGAGGAGCACAGCGGUGGUGAGGAGCACAGCGGUGGUGAGGAGCACAGCGGUGGUGAAGAGCACAGCGGUGGUGAGGAGCACAGCGGUGAUGAGGAGCACAGCGGUGGUGAGGAGCACAGCGGUGAUGAGGAGCACAGCGGUGGUGAGGAGCACAGCGGUGAUGAGGAGCACAGCAGUGGUGAGGAGCACAGCGGUGAUGAGGAGCACAGCAGUGGUAAGGAGCACAGCGGUGGUGAGGAGCACAGCGGUGGUGAGGAGCACAGCGGUGGUGAGGAGUACAGCAGUGGUGAGGAGCACAGCGGUGGUGAGGAGCACAGCGGUGGUGAGGAGCACAGCGGUGGUGAGGAGCACAGCGGUGGUGAGGAGCACAGCGGUGGUGAGGAGCACAGCGGUGGUGAGGAGCACAGCGGUGGUGAGGAGCACAGCGGUGGUGAGGAACACAGCGGUGGUGAGGAACACAGCAGUGGUGAGGAACACAGCGGUGGUGAGCACAGCAGUGGUGAGGAGCACAGCGGUGGUGAGGAGCACAGCGGUGGUGAGGAGCACAGCGGUGGUGAGGAGCACAGCGGUGGUGAGGAGCACAGCGGUGGUGAGGAGCACAGCGGUGGUGAGGAGCACAGCGGUGGUGAGGAGCACAGCGGUGGUGAGGAACACAGCAGUGGUGAGGAGCACAGCGGUGGUGAGGAACACAGCGGUGGUGAGGAACACAGCGGUGGUGAGGAGCACAGCGGUGGUGAGAAACACAGCAGUGGUGAGGAACACAGCGGUGGUGAGGAACACAGCGGUGGUGAGGAGUACAGCGGUGGUGAGGAGCACAGCGGUGGUGAGGAGCACAGCGGUGGUGAGGAGCACAGCGGUGGUGAGGAGUACAGCGGUGGUGAGGAGCAUAGCGGUGGUGAGGAACACAGCGGUGGUGAGGAACACAGCGGUGGUGAGGAGCACAGCGGUGGUGAGGAACACAGCGGUGGUGAGGAGCACAGCAAUGGUGAGGAACACAGCGGUGGUGAGGAGCACAGCGGUGGUGAGGAGCACAGCGGUGGUGAGGAACACAGCGGUGGUGAGGAACACAGCGGUGGUGAGGAGCACAGCGGUGGUGAGGAGCACAGCGGUGGUGAGGAACACAGCAGUGGUGAGGAGCAGAGCGGUGGUGAGGAGCACAGCGGUGGUGAGGAGCACAGCGGUGGUGAGGAGCACAGCGGUGGUGAGGAGCACAGCGGUGGUGAGGAGCACAGCAAUGGUGAGGAACACAGCGGUGGUGAGGAGCACAGCGGUGGUGAGGAGCACAGCGGUGGUGAGGAACACAGCGGUGGUGAGGAGCACAGCGGUGGUGAGGAGCACAGCAGUGGUGAGGAGUACAGCGGUGGUGAGGAGCACAGCGGUGGUGAGGAGCACAGCGGUGGUGAGGAGUACAGCGGUGUUGAGGAGCACAGCGGUGGUGAGGAACACAGCGGUGGUGAAGAGCAUAGCGGUAGUGAGGACCACAGCGGUAGUGAGGAACACAGCGGUGGUGAGGAGCACAGCGGUGGUGAGGACCACAGCGGUAGUGAGGAACACAGCGGUGGUGAGGAACACAGCGGUGCUGACACUUCUAAAUGCUGUCCAACUGAAACUGACGCCACCAAACACCGUCCAACACGGCUGACACCCGGGCCGCACCUGGGCCGCACCAGGGCCGCACCAGGGUCGCACCUGGGCCGCACCAGGGCCGCACCAGUGCCGCACCAGGGUCGCACCUGGGCCGCGCCAGGGUCGCACCUGGGGCCGCGCCAGGGUCGCACCAGGGCCGCACGAAGGCCGCACCUGGGCCGCACCAGGGCCGCACGAAGGCCGCACCUGGGCCGCGCCAGGGCCGCGCCAGGGCCGCGCCAGGGCCGCACCAUGGCCGCACCAAGGCCGCACCAUGGCCGCACCUGGGCCGCACCAAGGCCGCACCUGGGCCGCACCAGGGCCGCACCUGGGCCGCACCAAGGUCGCACCUGGGCCGCACCAAGGCCGCACCUGGGCCGCACCAGGGUGGCACCAAGGCCGCACCAUGGCCGCACCUGGGCCGCACCAAGGCCGCACCUGGGCCGCACCAAGGUCGCACCAAGGCCGCAACUGGGCCGCACCAGGGCCGCAUCUGGGCCGCACCAAGGUCGCACCUGGGCCGCACCUGGGCUGCACCAUGGCCGCACCUGGGCCGCACCAAGGCCGCACCUGGGCCGCACCAAGGUCGCACCAAGGCCACACCUGGGCAAGCAAUCAGUGUCACCCUUCUCGCUUGGCUAA